GAACCAUGAACCAUGAAAUUGAAUGACAAACAUGGCGCCCACCGCGGCUGUCUGCUAUGCUUUCGUGCUUAUAUUUGUCCUGUCCUUCAUUUCUUUCGGAAAUUCCGCGAAUGGAUAUUAUGCAUCCGCAAAAGUCGAGAGCUGUAGCGGUUGCUCGCUAAACCGGCUACCAGAUGUCAGGCAGUUCAUCUUCGAGGAUCUGCCACAAUACGAUAAUGUGGAAUUCAAACAAAUCCAGGGUGCAAUCCCAGAGCUUGUACUUUUCAACAAGCAUGAAGAGGAAGUGGAGAGACUAGUGCUAUCCAAGUUGACUCGGGAAGAGUGCAAUAAUUUAUUAGUUUCCAAAGGUUUCACCAAGAAGUAUAAGGAUAACAAGGACGAGAUGUAAAAGCUCCAAUUGAUAUAUAUAUAUAUAUAUAUAUAUAUAUAUUUCAGAUGUAGCUCAUUGAAACUGGUCAAAAAUAACUUAAGAGAAACUUAAGAGAACUUAAGGAACUUAAAAGAAAAGUUAUUCUUAAAAAGCCAUUUACACUAAAGUCGAAAAAUCUAAACAUAGAGAAUAGCAAGCAAAAAAUGGUACCUUAGAUACAAGAAUAACUUUGAAAUGUAUCUUGAAAUUGUAUAGUACAUAUAUUUUUAACUUAAUAA